UGUUAGUGUUCAUAAUUUAUUCCGACGAACAUUUGUAGGUUAAGGAGGUGCUAUUUUUAAUUGUUUAUAAUGUCGACAAAGCCGUUGGACUACGAGAAUUUGAAUGAGAAUGUGAAGAAGUGUCAGUAUGCUGUACGUGGCGAGCUUUAUCUUCGAGCUUCGGAACUUCAGAAGGAAGGAAAGAAGAUAAUAUUCACGAAUGUAGGCAACCCUCACGCCCUUGGACAGAAGCCGCUGACGUUUCCGCGCCAGGUGAUUGCUCUCUGCCAAGCUCCCUUUUUACUGGAUGAUCCUAAUGUUGGACUCUUAUUCCCUGCUGAUGCAAUCGCCAAGGCUAAACACUAUCUUUCGUUGAAUUCCGGAGGUCUAGGUGCUUAUAGCGACUCUCGUGGCAUUCCUGGUGUAAGGAUAGAAGUUGCGGAUUUCAUUGAGAGACGUGAUGGAUAUCCAAGUGAUCCGGAACACAUAUUUCUCACGGAUGGUGCCAGCAAAGGAAUAAUGCAGAUCUUACAUACCAUCAUUCGGGUUCCCACUGACGGGGUGUUGGUACCUGUUCCGCAGUAUCCGCUAUACUCCGCUACAAUAUCACUGUAUGGGGGUUCUCUUGUUCCGUACUAUCUUGAAGAGACCGCAGACUGGGGUCUUGAUAUCAAUGACCUUAGGCAAUCCAUUGGACAAGCUCGACAGAACGGAACAACUGUACGAGCGAUGGUGAUUAUAAACCCUGGAAAUCCUACCGGACAGUGUCUUACCGAACAAAAUCUAAGACAAAUAAUACAAUUCUGUUAUGAGGAAAAUUUGGUAUUACUUGCUGAUGAAGUUUAUCAGCAAAAUAUUUACCAAGACAAGCAUCCUUUCAUGAGUGCACGGAAGGUUUUAUUCGAUAUGGGUCAGCCGAUAAGCAAGGAGCUUCAGCUAGUUUCGUUUCAUACGGUCUCCAAAGGUUAUUGGGGUGAAUGUGGACAGCGUGGUGGAUACUUCGAGAUGACCAACAUUCCUCCCAAGUCGGUUGAAGAGAUAUACAAGGUUGCGUCAAUAUCGCUCAGUCCAAAUGUCCCUGCUCAGAUAUUUAUGGGGUUACUGGCAAACCCCCUUAAGCUGGGAGAUAUCUCGUAUGAGCAAUUUUCCAGAGAAAGCAAAGGCAUCCUCGAGUCACUAAGGAGGAGAGCGCAUAUAAUGACCGACGGUUUCAAUAGCUGCAAAAAUGUUGUUUGUAAUUUCACAGAAGGGGCGAUGUAUUCCUUCCCGCAAAUUCAAUUGCCUCCUAGAGCAAUUGACGCUGCAAAGAAAGUCGAGAAAGCUGCUGAUGUUUUCUAUUGUCUCAAGCUGUUGGAAGCAACAGGCAUCUCUACUGUCCCCGGUUCGGGUUUUGGCCAAAAGGAAGGGGUGUUCCACCUGAGGACAACAAUCUUACCAGCAGAAGAAGACAUGCCUUCGAUAAUGUCGAGUUUCAAGAAGUUCAACGAUGAAUUCAUGGAUCGAUAUGAAUAGCAACGUGCCUAGCGCGAUGGCUAUUAUUCGAUUUAUGUUCGACGAAAAAUGAUGAUUCCCAGUCUUUGUUUUCUAUGUUAGACUUGUUUUCUUGUUGAUGAAUUAUUUCUCAGAAUGUUAAACUGCUACUUAAUUGGGGGGUGUUUGAAGGUGUUCUUGCAAGAAUUAUUUUCAUAUAAAUAAAGAAUCAUCAUUUUAUA